GAGGGACUCUGGUGUCCUGGGAGAGGGACGACGAGGCCCCAGCUCAAGGCAGGCUGUGAUGGGGCCGUGUGGCAUCCCCGCGCGGGGCUGGUCAGAAGCAGGAACUCCUGGCGGAGGGCAGCACAGGGGCCCCGCUGGUCCUGGGGCUGAGCUGGGCUGCUCUCCUGCAGGCCUCGUGAAGCUGGGUGUCCACUGUGUCACUUGUCAGAAAGUUGCCAUCAAGAUCGUCAACCGCGAGAAGCUCAGCGAGUCCGUGCUGAUGAAGGUGGAGCGGGAGAUUGCCAUCCUGAAGCUCAUCGAACACCCGCACGUCCUGAAGUUGCAUGACGUCUAUGAAAACAAAAAAUAUUUGUACUUGGUGCUAGAGCACGUCUCUGGGGGGGAGCUGUUUGACUACCUGGUGAAGAAGGGGCGGCUGACGCCCAAGGAGGCCCGCAAGUUCUUCCGGCAGAUCAUCUCAGCGCUGGACUUCUGCCACAGCCACUCCAUCUGCCACAGGGACCUGAAGCCAGAGAACCUGCUGCUGGAUGAGAAGAACAACAUCCGCAUCGCAGACUUCGGCAUGGCAUCCCUGCAGGUCGGCGACAGCCUGCUGGAGACCAGCUGCGGGUCCCCCCACUACGCGUGCCCAGAAGUGAUCCGGGGGGAGAAGUACGAUGGGCGCAAGGCGGAUGUGUGGAGCUGCGGCGUGAUCCUGUUUGCCCUGCUGGUGGGGGCGCUGCCUUUCGAUGACGACAACCUGCGGCAGCUGCUGGAGAAGGUCAAGCGGGGCGUGUUCCACAUGCCACACUUCAUCCCGCCGGACUGCCAGAGCCUGCUUCGGGGCAUGAUUGAGGUGGACGCGGCCCGGCGCCUCACGCUAGAGCACAUUCAGAAACACAUAUGGUAUAUAGGGGGCAAGAAUGAGCCAGAGCCAGAGCAGCCCAUCCCACGCAAGGUGCAGAUCCGCUCACUACCCAGCCUGGAGGACAUAGACCCCGAUGUGCUGGACAGCAUGCACUCGCUGGGCUGCUUCCGGGACCGCAACAAACUGCUACAGGACCUGCUGUCCGAGGAGGAGAACCAGGAGAAGAUGAUCUACUUUCUUCUCCUGGACCGGAAAGAAAGGUACCCCAGCCAUGAGGACGAGGACCUACCGCCCAGGAAUGAGAUAGACCCUCCCCGGAAGCGCGUGGACUCCCCGAUGCUGAACCGGCACGGCAAGCGGCGGCCUGAGCGCAAGUCCAUGGAGGUGCUCAGCGUGACAGACGGUGGCUCCCCGGUGCCUGCGCGGCGAGCCAUCGAGAUGGCACAGCACGGCCAGAGUAAAGCAAUGUUCAGUAAAAGCCUGGAUAUCGCUGAAGCCCAUCCCCAAUUCAGCACAGAAGACAGGUCUCGGUCCAUCAGUGGUGCCUCCUCAGGCCUCUCCACGAGCCCCCUCAGCAGCCCGCGGGUGACCCCUCACCCCUCACCGAGGGGCAGUCCCCUUCCCACCCCCAAGGGGACGCCUGUCCACACGCCAAAGGAGAGUCCAGCUGGCACGCCCAACCCCACACCACCGUCCAGCCCCAGUGUUGGAGGAGUGCCCUGGCGGACGCGGCUCAACUCCAUCAAGAACAGCUUCCUGGGCUCGCCUCGCUUCCACCGCCGGAAACUGCAAGUUCCGACGCCUGAGGAGAUGUCCAACCUGACCCCUGAGUCCUCCCCAGAGCUGGCCAAGAAGUCCUGGUUCGGGAACUUCAUCAACCUGGAGAAGGAGGAGCAGAUCUUCGUGGUCAUCAAAGACAAGCCCCUGAGCUCCAUCAAGGCUGACAUUGUGCAUGCCUUCCUGUCGAUCCCCAGCCUCAGCCACAGCGUCAUCUCCCAGACCAGCUUCCGGGCCGAGUACAAGGCCACGGGCGGCCCGGCCGUGUUCCAGAAGCCCGUCAAGUUCCAGGUGGACAUCACGUACACGGAGGGCGGUGAGGCGCAGAAGGAGAACGGCAUCUACUCUGUCACCUUCACCCUACUCUCAGGCCCCAGUCGCCGCUUCAAGAGGGUGGUGGAGACCAUCCAGGCCCAGCUGCUGAGCUCCCAUGACCAGCCAUCGGCCCAGCACUUGUCAGACACCACUAACUGUAUGGAAAUGAUGACGGGGCGGCUUUCCAAAUGUGGCAGCCCAUUGAGUAACUUCUUUGACGUAAUUAAACAACUUUUUUCAGACGAGAAGAACGGGCAGGCGGCCCAGGCCCCCAGCACGCCCGCCAAGCGGAGUGCCCAGGGCCCCCUCGGUGACUCCGCGGCCGCUGGCCCUCGAGGGGAUGCCGAGUUCCUGACGGGCAAGGACACGGCCCCGGCCGCGGCGAGCAGCCUUAGACACUAGUCCCUCCCCGGCCACCACGGCCCUGUGUGGACCGGGCAUGCUGCCCCCAGCCGCUGUCUUGGAGCCAGGGAGGAAAGGAGAGCAGCUGGCCCUGGCCCGUGGGCGGGGCUGCUGCACUCGCUCUUCUCUCUCGUGGUCUCUGUCUCUGCCUGUCUCUGACGGCGUCGCUUGUUUCCGCUCUGAUACCAGGAAUUAUCCCGAAAAGUUAACAUGUCACCUCCACGAGGCCAACCUCUGUGCUCCGCGUGGACGCUGGCUGACCGAAGGCAGCUGCUGUGGACCUGCCCUCCCUGCUGUCGCCGCCUUCGCCCACCCGCCCACCCACAGCAGCCAGCAUGGCAGCAUGGGAGGGCCUGGCCUCCCAGGACACCACCUCCAGCCCUGCCGCCCCGGACUGCGGUGACCAGCCCUCCACAGGGACCUGCCAACCCCAUGGUGGGCAAAGCCACAGUGAGGAGUGUCCCUGCCUCCAUGCUGCACCGGCAGGCCUCGUGGUCACCUCACCGCCUCUGCACCUCACGGGGCCACCUCCUGUGUUGUCUGCAUCCAUCUCCACAGCUGCACUGGGCCUCGGGUGCACCUGGCUUUGCUGGCCCUCCCGACAGAGGGGGACGGACCUGGGCAGCGGAGCCGCUGGGCUGGCCAGGCUGGGGCUGGGCUGACAUCAGUAUUAUUUAUUUGCUGUUUUAAUUUAUUGAGUUCAUUUAUGUCUCUGUUCUCCGUUCAGGGAAGGGACGGCAGGACCACCCUCCUGUCGUCUGUCCGUCCGUCCGUCCGUCCGUCCGUUUCGGGCAGGGUGGGUCCAGAGCCGAAGGGCCCUCUGAGGACAGAGUUGGGGGGCUGGGGCAGCAAGGGGCCAGCUGGUGGGUGCAGCCCUGGCAAGCUACUGUAAACUUCAAAGAAUUCCUGCAAGAUAUUUUUAUAAACUUUUUUUUCUUGGUUGUUUUUGGAAAAGGGUGGGGGGGUUGGGGAGAGUUGCUGGGCAGGGCUGGAUUUGUGUUUCAUUUCCUUGCUCUUGGCUAUUUCUACACACACACACACACACACACACACAGCGGUGCAGUGAGCUCCAGCCCGGGUUGUGCUGUCUGCACUGCAAGCAGCAGCCCUGGGCUCUUGCUGUGGUGGGGCGGCCCAGGGCACCCUGACGGCACCGCCCAGUGCUCUCUUGGUGUGUUCAGGAGUGAGGGGUGGGAGCACGACCCUGGAAAGCUUCCCUCUCGCACACAGGAUGGCAGGGCACUGUGGGGCUUUUUAAAUUAAAAUGAAAAAAACAAAAAACAAAAAACAAAAAUCAGGAUAGAGUUGGCAUGUGCCUCUGUGGCACAUUCCUGCUGUCCAUAGUGAGGCCAAGCUGCCUGCCCAUGCGGGCCGCUGCCCAUGCCCACCAGCAGCCAGGCUUGCCGGGCUGCACCCACUUCCAGCUGCUGCAUGUCCUCCCUGUCCAGCUGGUGCAGGGCACGGGCAGUGCGGGAGGCCCCAUGCAUGCCUUUGCUGCGAGCGCCCACUCUGCUGUGGGUGUCCCCCGCCACCCCUCAUGUAUAGAUCUUAAUGCUUCUGUUACAUUAAACUCUGCCACAGGCUGGGAUUUCUAUACCUAAGAGAAAGCCAACAGCUGUAGCAGCAAGCCAUGCAGCACAGGUGGGAAGGGAACCGAAGCAAUACCUCACGUUAGCCUUCCUCUUUUGUACUUCGACACGCAGACUCACGCCGAGCCAUGGAGUGGACAAGCCCAUCCAGUGUACCCCUGUCAGACAGCUGUGAGCAACUCGGUCCCGGAACAAUAAAUUCCUUCCAUAAAGACAGCC